AUGAAGAUUAUCUCAGAAGACGAAAAGAAUGCACACAUGAACCAUGUGUUAUCGGAAGGUGCUAAAGGGCUAGUUUACGGUGGUGUUUUGUCCGUUGGUAUAUAUUCAUUUUUCAAAUACAGAAGACCAGCACGGUUUGCUACUUUCACUACUAGUGUUAAGGCUGCCAUUAUUACUGUUCCAACGAUUGGUCUUUCUGCGUUUUGGGCUGAUCAAGGCUCAUGGGAAUUUGACAAGAUGAUGCAUCAAUCAGAAUAUAAUCAACAACAAAUGUUGCAAGAGCACAGGAAAUUCAAUAGUUUAUCCAUGUCGGAAAAGAUCUUCACAACCUUGGGUGCUCAUAAGUACCAAAUCAUUGUUGCUGCUUGGGCCGCAUCCCUUUAUGGAUCAUGGACUAUCAUCAAUAAAGAUAAAGUCAUGACGACUGCUCAAAAGGCAGUACAGGCAAGGGUCUAUGCACAAGCAAUCACGGUUGUUUUGUUAUUGGGAACCAUAUUGUUGAGUUUGAAGGAGGCUGAAAUCAACAAGAACAAGCCAGCACCUCUUCCUCAUUGGAAACAGGUAUUGGCUGAAAAGGAAGCCGAAAAGCAAGCUGAAAAGCAAGAAGCUGAACAUAAAGCAGCCGAAGAGAAACGCGUAUCCUCUGAAAAGAAGGAACAUUUAUAG